CGGCAACUGCAACCUCGUUUGCAACGUACAGCCAAGUGUUCGAGCAGCAGGCACAAUCGCUUAGCAUUUAGCGUCUCCCAGCAGUGAUCGGUCUGGUCUUGCGCGAUGGCCUCUUCCUCCUGCUUCUCGCCGCUGCUAUUGCUGCUGCUAGCGGCGCACUGCGGACUCCUGCUCGCCUCGGCACACGGCUACCUUCCUAGUAGCGCCGGCGCCGGGUCGGCGCUGAGCUCCGCGUUCUACGACGCGUCGUGCCCCGGCGCCCACGACAUCGUCCGGCGCGUCAUCCAGGACGCGCGCGUCUCCGACCCGCGCAUCCCGGCCAGCCUCAUCCGCCUCCACUUCCACGAUUGCUUCGUCAACGGUUGCGACGGCUCGCUUCUGCUGGACGACGACCUCCCGGCGAUCCGGACCGAGAAGGCCGUGCCCGCCAACGACAACUCGGCGCGCGGCUUCCCGGUGGUCGACGACAUCAAGGCCGCGCUGGAGCACGCGUGCCCGGGCGUCGUCUCCUGCGCUGACAUCCUCGCCCUGGCAGCAGAAAUCUCCGUCCAGCUCGCUGGAGGGCCACGCUGGAGGGUGCUGCUCGGCCGGCGGGACGGCACGACGACCAACAUCGAGAGCGCCGAGAACCUGCCGAGCCCUUUCGACCCCCUGGACGUUCUCCAGGAGAAGUUCAGAAACGUCAACCUGGACGACACUGACCUCGUCGCCCUCCAAGGAGCGCACACUUUUGGCAAAGUGCAGUGCCAGUUCACGCGGGAGAACUGCACGGCCGGGCAGCCUCAGGGUGCACUGGAGAACCUGGAUCAGGUCACCCCCAACCGGUUCGACAACAAGUAUUACGGCAACCUCUUGCACGGCCAAGCUCAGCUGCCGUCCGACCAGGUCAUGCUGUCCGACCCUGCGGCGCCGACGACGACCGCCCCCAUUGUUCAUCGGUUCGCGAGCAACCAGAAGGACUUCUUCAGGAACUUCGCGGCGUCCAUGAUUAAGAUGGGGAACAUUAGCCCGCUCACAGGGAAGGAUGGGGAGAUCAGGAAGAACUGCCGGAGGGUCAAUAGCAAAGGCUAUUGAAGACUCUGAUUCAGACUGAUGUUUUUUUUUUUGCAAUUACAAUGCAUGUAUAAAUCAUUCUUCUGAUUCUUUUCUCGUUCCUUUUGUAAAGUAUGAACUGAUCAGCUCAUGCCAUUUCGUGAAGCAAGUGUAAAAAUGUUUGUACUCAACUCAUAUACGCAUUCCAAAAA